GACAUGACCUACAUCCACCGGAAGAUCACACAUAUCGUGCGUCGGCUGUCCUUCACUGCACUCUUCCUCGCCUACCACUUCCCCGCUUCCCACUCUUCCAUCGUCUACCAGUCUUCCUCGCCUGCCACUAUUCCUUCGCCACUGACCGCUACCUUCGCCACUGACCACAUCCCACAGCUCUCCGACGGCGCCGAGCCCGUCGGCUUCCGCAACAGCUCCGUCUGGUAGGCGACACAGCUCGGUCUUGUAGA